UUGCGUUUUAAGGAGGCAGAACUAAAAAGUGACGCCGUCAUUAAUGAAACGAGCAUGAAAACUGCAGCCUUAGCUCGCUAGCAACAUCGACGCUGCUGUGAGCUUAACUAGAAAUGGAGGACAGAAUGCUCAAAGUAACUAAACACAGCGGAGUGUUGUAGACCUAUUUAUCCUCACGGUUAAAACAUGAAUAUCAAUUACUGUCGUGAAUUCACAGUCAUGGUGCUUUUAGCGUUAUGCUUGAAUCGGUGUGUAGAACCCCGUCUGAAAAUCUGCAGAGAAAAAGGCGAGAGCGAUCCCAGUGCGGUGGUUACAGAAGCAGGAACCGAAGUGACUUUGCCCUGCAACGCCUCGAGCGUGCAGAGCGGCGUGCUGUGGAGACUCAAUGGCAGCGCCGUGCCUCCAAGCGUGAGCCACACUCUGAACGCAAUGGGCUCCAUCACUGUUGAGGGCACGGCUCUCUCGGCCAACGGAGUGUACAGCUGUCACAACAAUGUCAGUGGGGAACAACUGAUGAACGUCACUUUGGAAGUUGGAUAUCCACCAGAGAGACCCAAUGUGAGCUGUAGAGCCAUUAACCCACACAAGGUGAUUUGCAAGUGGACAUCUGGCAGAGAAACGUUUCUUCCCAUCAAGUUUACCGUAGUCGUCAAAUCAAAGGACGCCGAUAUCAAAUGCAUCCCAAAGCGCCGCCGAAAUGAAUGUUCCUUUGCCGGCAAAUACAACGAACCGUAUCCCUACGCCGUGACUGUGGUUGCUAAAAAUGCACUUGGAUGUGAAGGAAGUGAAACUGCAAAGUUUUCCCUGAAGUCAAUCCUGAAACCAGACCCACCCAUCAUUCUAAAAGUAAUUCCAGGCCAGGGACGCCAGAAGCAUGUAUGGGUGAUCUGCUCGUAUCCAAGCACGUGGCACCACGCAAACAAGGGGUUCACGCUCACAGCUGAGCUGGAGUACAAAUCAAUGGAAGAGAAAAAUUACAGACAGUAUCCUGAUAAAUCGAAGAUCAAGAUCGCCACGUCUCGCGAAAAUGUAUGGGUGUUCAAAAUCCUUGAUUCCCAUCCUGGCACCUCGCGCGUGAUACGCGUGCGCGCCAAGGAUUUCCUGGAUUAUGGAAGAUGGAGUGACUGGAGUCCACCGACUUACGUAAACACAUCAAACGAAGAUGAAUCCAAAGUGGACAUUCCUAAGAAAUUUAACGAUGCGGCAAGCACAACAAUUUAUAUAGAGAGCUCAGUGGAGUCUGAGCCGACACAAUAUCCAGAUGCUCUGAAAAAAGUCUAUCUGCAUGGUGGGACAAGCAUGAUAAGCUUAUUUUGUAUUGUUCUGUGUUCAGCCUGCCUUGCUCUGGCCACAUUAACUGUCACUGCCUUCGUGUACUUAAAAAAGAGGCGAAAAGAAGAUACGAGACAUCAGGAUGCCGUGGCAAGACAGGAAUUGGAGCCCUUAGCUGCUCCUGUUAUUUUGAUGAAUGGGGACAUGACCAGCACCGAUCCCAUCCACGAUACACCUCCCCAGGAUGAUGUCACUCGCAUAAAUUUAGACGAAUCCAAUCCCUUCCUGCAGGUCUUUGGAGAACCAAGACUUCCCAUCAACAACAACGUGAUAAACUCCGAAUACUUUUACAAACGUAUGAAAACGUCUUUUUUAUUCCAAGAAACACAGGUUUAGGAUCGGACUUAAACAAGAACUGAUUGCCAGUUUGGAUAAUUUGCUUUGCAUGCAUGUAUGUUGCACUUAUUUUGGACGGUACGUAGCCAACCGUGCCAAACGGAGGUGCUUAAUAGCAAUGCAGUCAAAUCUGGUGUUGUAGUCGGUCAUUGUACACCACUAUGUUUUUAUCCAGUUACAAUGACUUUUCCAGUACUGUAUUUAAAAAUGUAACAUUUUUUUGGCGUUUUGGUCAUGGUCCAAUCUUGGUCUCAUUAUAUGAGCCUUUGCCAGAAUGCAGCGUGACAAUCGAUCUGUUAAGUCACGUGACAGGGUGUCGAUUUGUUUGGGACAGCCCGUGUGUUAAACAAGCACAAUCCUGUAUUCUAAAUGGUACCGAUGUUUCAGAUCAACUUUGAUGACUGUAUGUUACAUGUUCAAAUGUUGACUUGUUUCCAAUUUCAAUUAAAACUAA